AUGCCUCCUCUUCCUCCUGUCCUCCUCCUCCUCCUCCUCCUCGGCGGCCUGCCUCCGGCUGGAGGCUACUCGUACCAGACCGAGCCUCUCUUCCUCACCUUCUCCGAGCUCGCUGCUCUGGAAGCGGAGUCCCGGCGCGAGGACGGCGGGCGCGCGCUCCCUGCGGCAGGUGAGGAGCUGACGCGCGCCAGCCUGGAGGUGAGAUGUCACGAGGACAGCAUGGAGGUGCUGCUCAGGGCGCCACCCUUCGACCCGGGGCUGGCCGCGGAGCCCCGGCGGCUGCGGCUCGGACCCGUCCCCGCCCCGCCCUGCACCGCCCGGCUGUCCGGGCCCGGGCUGCUGUCCGUCAGGGCCCCGCUGCGGCGCUGCGGAGGGACGCUGACGCUGAGCGGGACCGCGGUGGUUUACAGCAACCUGCUGCUGCUCCUGCCUCCUCCCCCCGCUGCGGGCAGCCUCCCGGGGUGGGGGGCGGCCAUCCUCCCGGGGUGGGGGGCGGCCAUCCCCGAGGUUCCAGGUGAGCAGCAGAGGGAUGAAGCCGGUCUGGAGUCCAGCCAGGCCAGCCAGGCCUCUGGCAGUGGGCAGACUCCGCCGCUAGGGGGCGCCGGGCAGUAA